UUCCUUAUAAAGGCAACAAAAAUUACACAUUUAUUCCAUUCAAGGACAUAUAUUUCUUGGAAACUCGCACAUUGCAAGAUGUCAAACCAUCAAAUGACGUGAUCAGAAAGGGUUAGCUGACUUAACUUACUUCCCAAAAAUAUUACUAUAUUUCUGUUUGCUAAUAAACCCUACAUUUAUGUUAGGGUCUAAAAAAUUGACAUAUGAUUCAUAUUUCUGGCCGCCAAUUUUUUAGCUAAAUUUCUGCUAUGGUUUAAUUUUCGUCAUAAAACAUGCGUUCGCUUUUGGACCAAAACAUAUCGAUGCACCAAAUUAGGUUAAAUACAAGACGGACAGGCGGACAGAUAAAUUUAGAUCAAUCUAGAUUGUGAUCGCGAAUCGUCAAUGAACGGUAUAAUAAAACGGGGGACCUAUCUCAAGUCCUUGUCGACUUGGCCUGCACAAAUUUAAUACACCCUUGUACAUAAUUGGUGUAGGGAGUGUGACAGGAAACAGUGGAGUUAUUCUGCGCGGUUUACAAACGCCUGGCAAACAUAUGAAUGUUAAGGGCUAACUCACAAACAAAUACGUAAUUGUAUGGAAAUUGAUAAUAACUUAUUCUAACAAAAAGGGAAAAUCAGCGCAAAAUCAGUUUGAUUGUUCUCUUCGUUGGUGUAGGCAUAAUUCGAUAGAGAACUUGGUCACUUGCAAAGUGAAAAAUCGUCUUCUUUGAUCAGGUGAAGCAUUGAAAAAUACACUGAGCGAUAACUAGCUAUGAAUUUUACUCGCUACAAUUGAAAUAUUAAUUCAAUGUUGUGAAGAAACGUUUGUGUUUGUGCAAACGGCCCAGAAGGAAGAUAUUGUUGCGAAAACCGCAAAGUUGAUAAAGUAACUUUUGAUGAAAUCUCCUUAGUUCGACAGAAGCAGAAAUUUCGUAAACUGUCGGAAAUAAAGAUUUUGAGUACUUUGUCAUAACUUAAAGGUGCUCAGUUUAGCUUCAGGUGAAUAAAGUUCCCCAGAAAUCCAUUGGGUAAGACGUUUAACACAAAUAUCAGGAUUAAACCUGAUAAUCCUGAUUCAAAAGGUACAUAAGCAGAGUGAGGCAGUCGAAGAGAGAACUCGAAAUGAGAAUUGAAACGUGAUAUGCGAAGAAACAUAUCUUUCAAGAUUAUGUGAGCCGAGCAGAUAGAAAUGUUGUGAAAUUGCAAAACUCUAGCAGUUUUUAGUAGAAUUACUUUUUCCUUGAAACUCUCCAAAUAAUUUCCGUAAAUAAUUCUUAUAAUUUUAAAAACUAAGUCCACAUUCUAUGUUCACAAUCGAAUGAGUCGAAAUUUGAGGGAUUAGAGCAGGAAGCCAUGAAAUUGAAAUAACUAUUUUGCUUAGCAAAGUAUUCAAGCAUGAAAAAUCUGAUGGAGCAAAUUUUGCCAAAAACAUUUGAAACAGAAUUAUACAGUUAUACAUAAGCUUAAGCUUUCUCUAAUAAAUUUUUUUUUGUAUUUUUCUUUUCUGCAUGAGCUUUUGAUUUCUUAAAAAGCCCAAGCAGGCGAGCUCUGCGUAUAAUAACUUUGUUGCUAUCUUAUCGCGUCUUUUAUCUAUUACCGGCUACUUAGCGUGCUUUGUUUGUACUCAGCUGCAGAUACUGAAGCCAGAGGCCAGAAGCAAAUCGCUUUAUGCUUAAAACUUUUUUCAAUCCAUCAGAUUUUUGCAUACUUACAUACAUAUAUAUUACUUUCUUCCCUUGUUCUUAUCCAUAUCUGAAUCGAUAAAUUAUUCUUUAUUGUAUUGAAUUAAGAUUUAAACUGUAAUGAGCUAAGUAAAUCACCGCUUACUUCUCAGAUUAACGCUAUUUAACGCUUUAGUGUAUUCUCCUUUACUCAUCUCUGCAAUCUUUGUUAUUCAUCGAAAUUAGCAAAACGAUUUUUCGUUUCAUAAAAUCAACCAAAAUUGAACACAAACUGAUGUAUUCAACUUGGCAGUAGUUGUUAUGUUGGCUUACCAACGUCUGCAUAAUAGAACCUGUUCACACUGAUCACUUUUUUUGCUUUUUACUAUACACAGUUCGCAAUUCUUUGGUUUUGGUUUUUUAAACGUUAAAAACUAACCCAGAAAAGACAAAAAUAGCAACUCAGAUGAGAAAGCUCCAGCUCAAUCAAGUUAAGAGAAGCAGAAGUAAACACAUUGUAGUCGGGUAAGAUGUGUGUUAUUAAAUACCCUACUAUCCAUUUCGCCUAAAAAAAAAAUCAUUCUUUUUGUGUGAGAUGAAGUAUCAAGAAAUGUACCUAAAUUCCGAGUAAAAUCAAGCUCUUGUCCUUUAUAUAGGAAACGGCCCAGAAGUGUGAUGUAGCGAAAUUUAUUGAAACUAAUCUUCUUGUUAAAGACUUAAUUCAUUCACAUAUUUUGCUCAUAAAGUAUUAGAAUCUAGUCUUUAUUGCCAUACAACGGCUUAUUCUUCACGAAUAUCCCUACACGAUCUAUGCGAUCCAAAUUUGCUACAAUUAAUUUUUAGCUCAAUCUGACUUAAACUUGUUAUAAUGGUUGCUUUUUACAUUCAAUUCCUAACAUGAACCAGGAGUUCUUUUGUCAUAGGGAAGAUGACAGGAGAGGAAGUUGUAAACAUCAGCUCAUCCGCCUUCAAAUCUUUCGUAUCACUUCAGUACACCGAAAUAAUAUUACUCAGCGAUUUUCCUUUAGAAAUUGUGGAAAUUGCCACUUUUUUCCUAAGAUGAUGGCUGUUUCGAAAUGGGGAGUGAUCGAGAAGAGAGAAUCGAGUUUUGAUACCGUUCGUCACUAGAUCCAGAACAUGUCAGUAUAACAAAUUUUCGUCGAUAUAUCUCGAAAAAUGCGAUUCCCUAGUUUGAAUAGAAAAGUUCAUUGACAGCUAAAUCCCUUCCGAAAAGGUAAACUCAACUUAAGCCUUUCUGAUUGUUACAUACAUCCACGCUAAUUUAAUAUACCUUGCAACCACAGGCGGCGUCGAAUAUAAAAAAGCUAAAGCUUUUAACGAUAACAACAAGUGUAUCGCCUUUCAAUUUAAUGCGAUCACUACUUAAUCAAAUGAAUUUUGGAAAUGAAAUUAUUUAGUUACUUCUUUACUCUCGCUUAAAUCCGAAGCAAUAAUUUACUUAUUGUUUUCAAAUUAAAAAACAAAUGUUAUCAUAAAAGUACAAAGAAGACAAUAUUACAUUGUAAUGAUGCUAUAAACAAACAAAGGAAAAUAAAAUUUUUGUUAAUUUAAAACAAAGCUAUGCCUGCAGUAAUCGCAUAGUAUUGAAGCAUUUAAACUAUAUUAUAUAUAUAUAUAUGUGUAUUGUGCAUGUGCUCGUUUGUAUGUCGGUGAUUGCGGUUUAUAGUUAAUUUGUUUUUUGGUUGUAUUUUUUUUUUUUUUUUUUUUUUUUUUUUAAAUAAUGAUCGAAAAUAUUGAAAAUAUAUCAUCAAAUGAUCACAAAACUGAUUUAUUGAACGAUGCCAUUAUAUCCAUACCCAACACCACGAUGGCGAAUGUGCCAAAGUUUAAUUUGCAAGAUCUUCAUUUAAACUAUCACUUCGUUAAUGUGAGCUACAGCGGCAAGCAAAAUCGGUCAAAAACUGUGGAAAUAUUAAAAGAUGUUUAUGGUCAAUUUAAUUCGGGGCAACUUACCGCAAUCUUGGGUCCGUCCGGGGCCGGCAAAACGUCUCUAAUGAAUGUUUUGUCCGGUUUCAAAACUAUUGGCGUGACAGGUACUGUUCAAAUAAACGGGCAAGAGCGACAAUUAAACGAGUUUCGUAAAAUGUCCGCAUAUAUACCGCAAAAGUUUGCGAUGCUGGAUCUAUUAACUGUACAAGAAACUUUAAAAGUUUCAGUGGAUUUGAAAUUACCCAAGAUAAAGAAAACGCUAGAAAAAGCAAAAAUCAUCGAUGCCAUUUUGGAGUUACUUAAUUUGGAGAAUAGUAGAAAAACACUGGUGCGUAAUUUGUCGGGCGGCGAAAGAAAACGUCUAUCAAUAGGUGUUGAAUUAGUUACCAAUCCGCCCAUUAUGUUUUUUGAUGAACCUACCAGUGGUUUAGACAGCGUGGCCAGUUUGCAAAUCAUAACGCAUUUACGUAGAUUGGCCCAAGGUGGUCGAAUGAUAAUCUGUGUCGUACAUCAACCCAGUUCCAAAUUGAUGCGAUUAUUCGACAACGUGUUGGUGAUGGCCGGCGGAGAAGUCUUGUAUUCGGGUUUACAAAAUGAAAUGAUUGAGAGAUUUGAGAUAUUCGGUUUCCAAUGCCCACAAUAUUAUAAUCCAGCUGACUUUGUUCUAGAGGUAGCCAGCGAACGUGCACAUAAUUGUAAAAAUAUUGUUAAGCUAAUAGAGCAGAAUAAAAGUAUACAUAGCCUAUUGCGGUCAGAAGGUGCUAUUGAUCAAGUCAAUGAGACGACGGAUCUUUUAACUAAGAUUAAGUUGGAUAACUCAGCUGUUGCGUCACAAUUUUCUGAAAGUAAUUUAUGGCAUCAAUUUGCAAUAUUGGUUAAUAGAUCGGUCUUAUCGAUGUCUAGAAAUAUGAUGGCGGUACAAUUGCGCGUUAUAAGCCAUGUAAUCGUGGCAUUACUAUUGGGUAUAGUAUUCUGGCAAAUAGGUGAUGAUGGGAGCAAAGUUUUAAGCAAUGUCUCUUGCAUAUUCUUUGUGGUAUUGUUUGUCUUUUUUGGUAACGCUAUGCCUUCAAUUUUUCUCAGCUCUGAAGAUACAGAAGUUUUUAUACGCGAACAUUUAAAUGGUUGGUAUUCAAAAAAAGCCUACUACAUGGCUAAGAUAAUAGCUGAUUUGCCCGUGCAAUUUAUAUGCCCAACCAUAUUAUUGACAAUUGUGUAUUUUAUGACGGGCCAACCAUGCGAUAUUGGACGUUUCGUUAUGUGUUGGGGUAUAAGUUUGCUCAGCGCCAUCAUUGGGCAUUUCAUGGGUUUAGUGUUUGGCAGUGCUUUUGGUCUGCAGAUAGGCAUAUAUUUAGUUCCUGCCGUUACGAUACCUAUUAUGAUAUUUUCUGGAUUUUUUAUACGAAUUCACGAAGUCGCUGAUGUACUACGUCCUUUGUGUGAUUUGUCAUUUUUCCGUUACACCAUGGAAGCCUUCCUGCGGGCUUUAUAUGCUUAUGAACGUCCCUUUCUAAAGUGUACAGAUAAAUUUUGUUAUUAUAAAAAUCCCAGUAAAUUUCUUAAUGAUUACGGCAUGUCCGGUAAUUUAUAUGGUAUCGACUUUUGUGCAUUAUUAUUGUGGAUAGCAGUAUUAAACGUAUUAUUUUUUAUAAGCUUAUUAUGGCGUGUGAAAAAGGCUCAAUAAAAUACAUUAUAAGGGUAAUUAACAAAAUUAGCGGAUAUUAGGGAAAUUAUUGUAAAUAAUAUAAGUUUU